GCAUCUUUAACGGCAAUUUCACAAGCUCACCGAAUCGUCGCAUAAACAACUCCAAUCAACAAGAUUUGAGAAACAGGAAACAGCUUCCAGAACAUGUUUUGAUACAAGACACGUGUCUUACGUAUAGUAUUUGUUCCCUCCUCUUUCCUUCUCUUCUCUCCGCCAUCUUCGCCUUCAAUCCCUGGUUUCCAGCUCCCCGAGCUGCUGAGCAAGACUGUAACCCUAGUUUCUUCCCAACACGUGUAUGCGAACCUGCAAAGAGUGUAAAAAAAUAAUCCUUCUCACCUUGAUCCUCGUCUUUCUCCGAAAUCGUAGCGGCGGAUUUUGUGAUAUUGCAGCAAGCAGCAUUGAGCUAAAGAUAUCAUGAAUGUUCUCCGGAAAUCAUUCAAAUCGCACAAUUCUUAUAAGAUAUCCUCUGUCUGGAACCAGUCUGAGGACCAACGCCCGAUUCUGGCCUGCGAUCCGCUCGAAGAAUCCGUUGAUCGCCGGGACGUCGUCGUCCGGGUCGAAGGCGACAUCCAAAUGAAGAACGGAAACCCCUUCGGCAUCACUCCUGAAGUUAAUAAAAGCAAGGUGUGGAGAGAAUCUAGCUAUGAUUUCUGGAAAGAAGGGCAUCUUGGCAAUGGCGGUGGCGGUGAUGGAGGGGAUGGGUUGGUAUUUUCAUUCCAGAGUCCAACGAAGAAGGACAUGGAGGAGAGCAACGAGGAUCCUCCGUCGCGGCUGAUUAGUUCGUUUCUGCAGAAGCAGAAGGUAGCCGGUGCCGAGAUGGCGCUGGACAUGGAUAUCGAGAUGGAGGAGCUCAAGAAGCCGACGACAAGUUCUACGUCUCCUUCAUCCAAGGAGCAGCGCGUAUCCUUACCCGACGUCUUCAACAAUCCGCCAUCCCGUAACUCGCAUGUGGAGUCCGAUGACGAUGAUGACUCCGAUGGCCGCGUCGAAGUGCUGGAACUUCGCCGGACUUCGGCGACCGCCAGCCUCCACUCGAAGGAAGGCGAUACCGGUACUGAGGUCCUGCGAUGCACCUCCAACUCGUCAUUUGGCCGGAACAGACCUUUACUGCGGGCCAAAACGAGGUCUAGGCUUAUGGAUCCUCCACCGUCCACCACCGUCGGCGUUGGUUCAGAUGAGAAGAAAUCCAUGCGAAUGCCAAACAGGUCUGGGCAAAUCCCCCAACGGUCGGGGCUGCUCGGCAUGUCUCGGGUUACCGAAGAGGAUGAGGAUGACCCCUUUGGAGAUCUUCCGGAGGAGUUCAAGGGCACCAAGAUCAGCAAAUGGGCCAUCCUCGAGCUGAUCGGUCUUUUUCUUGUUCUCGGCGCUCUAAUUUGCAGCCUAGCCAUGCCCAAGCUUGCGCGUCAGACCGUUUGGGGGCUUCAUCUCUGGAAAUGGGAGUUGCUCGUCCUUGUUCUCAUGUCCGGCCGCCUUCUCUCUGGAUGGCUCGUCCGCAUCAUUGUUUUUUUCCUCGAGCGCAAUUUUUUUCUCCGAAAGCGCUUUCUCUACUUCGUGUACGGCGUGCGCAGGGCGGUUCAAAAUUGCAUCUGGUUUGGUCUGGUUCUCCUCGCUUGGCACUUUCUAUUCGACAAAAAGGUGGUGGGAGAGACCAAGGUGCUUUCGUAUAUAACUAAGAUCCUCUUUUGCCUUAUUGUCGCCACUGUUUUGCGCCUCAUCAAGACUCUUCUAGUCAAGGUUUUAGCUUCGUCCUUCCACGUGAGCACUUAUUUUGAUCGGAUUCAAGAAGCUCUGUUUAAUCAGUAUAUUAUAGAGACUCUCUCAGGUCCGCCUCUUCUUGAAAUUCAGCACAACAUGGAGGAGGAGGACCGGAUGAUGACUGAGAUGCAGAAGCUGCAGAAUGCUGGUGCUACCAUACCCAAUGACCUCAGGGAGGUAACCAGAUCAUGCAAAAAUGGGAGGGUAAUAGGUGGAAGUGGUGGAAUUGGCCAUGGAGGGACGGGAGUGAAGAGUUCCCAGAUUGGAAAGAGUACUAAGCUUUCUGGCUCCUCCUCCAGGAAAGAUUUUAGCAGGCAGCUUCUACAGCAGAAAGGAGGGAUCACCGUUGAACAGUUGCAUAAGUUCAAUCAAAAGAAUAUAUCAGCGUGGAACAUGAAGAGGCUGAUGAGAAUUGUUAGGCUCGGCACAUUAACGACGCUUGAUGAACAGUUGCCACAGGGAAUGGAGGAGGACGAGUCAACUAUCCAGAUCAAGAGUGAGAAUGAGGCAAAGAUAGCCGCAAGGAAGAUAUUCAAUAAUGUUGCCAAGCCUGGAGCCAAGUAUAUCUACUUGGCGGAUAUGAUGCGAUUCAUGAGGGAAGAUGAAGCGGUAAAGACUAUGAACCUUCUUAAUGGGGCACAAGAUGAUCGAGUUAGCAAGAGGAUUCUCAAGAAUUGGGUGGUUAAUGCGUUCAGAGAGCGUAGAGCCCUUUCUUUGACACUGAAUGACACCAAAACAGCCGUAAACAAGCUUCAUCAGAUUGCAAAUGUCAUUGUUGUCAUUAUUGUAUUUGCACUCUGGCUUCUUAUCCUGAACAUUGCUACAACUCACUUUUUUGUUUUCCUUAGCUCCCAGUUUCUUCUUUUGGUAUUUGUAUUUGGUAACACCUUUAAGACGACAUUUGAAGCCAUGAUUUUCUUAUUUGUUAUGCAUCCCUUUGAUGUUGGUGAUCGUUGUGAAGUCAAUGGUGUUCAGAUGGUUGUGGAGGAGAUGAAUAUAUUGACAACAAUCUUCCUGAGAUAUGACAACCAGAAAAUAACGUAUCCAAAUUCCGUGCUUGCUACCUUACCCAUUGGCAAUUUCUAUCGAAGUCCUGAUAUGGGAGAUAGUGUUGAUUUCUGCGUUCAUGUUUCAACUCCGCUGGAAAAACUUGCAGCUAUGAGAGAGAAGAUAAUCACGUUCAUGGAAAGUAAGAAGGAGCACUGGUACCCUGGAGCGCAAGUGGUGGUGAAGGACGUGGAUGAUAUGAACAGGCUAAAAAUAGCAAUCUGGAUGCGUCACCGGAUGAACUUCCAGGACAUGGGGAUGAAGUCCACCAGAAGAGAGCUGGUGGUGCUGGAAUUGAUCAGAGUGCUCAGGGAACUCGAUAUUGAAUAUCGUAUGCUCCCUAUGGAUGUCAAUGUCCGAAACUUGCCUCCGGUUGACUCCAAUCGCCUCCCUUCAACCUGGACUACUUGCGCCUAGAAGAGAUAGAGAGAGAGAGAGAGGGGUAGAGAUAGAGAGAGAAGUUUAUUUAGGAUUUAAGGGCUUCAGAGUAUGUUCUGUGAUAAGCCUUGGUUUUGAGUAGGUCUUACUGAGAACUGGCUUUAAUUGCCUGAUUAUGUUGGUGUUUGUUAGUUGUAUUUCUUUGCUAUUUAUUAGAUUAUGAUUUAAGGUUCUAGUAGAAUAACGAUGUGAUAUUUAAUUAGUAGUGGUAUUUCAAAGUAGGAAAUAUGCUGUUCAAACACUGCAUGUCUGGAUGGUUAACCACCAGCGGCCACGUUGUCUUACACGACAUUGGCUGACGAUGUGGCCGCAAACGGUUGGCUGUGCGGAGCGGACAUUCAGACGU